AUGGAAGAGUCUUCGGAUCCCGGAUCUCGCCAAAGCCGGAAAGUUCGACGACGAGGCACGAGACAUGUCAAAUCUGGUUGUAGGACGUGCAAGAUACGCAGGAUAAAAUGCGACGAGAAAAGACCUGCUUGCGAGCGAUGCACCGCCACGGGUCGCACCUGCGAUGGAUACGGCAUCUGGGGGACUUCUGCUACUGCUGGCAGUCGGAUCUUUAACAAUGGGUUCCGUCCGCUUGCUGAAUCUAAUGGUUCUCGCCUUCGCCCCGAUAGAACUCGAGCUGCAAUUGAGCCUAUCUGCGACAAUGCGUUUGUCGGAGAGGGUGCCAAGUUUCUCAAACAUCUAAGCAUAACAGUGGACGCGGACGAGUUGUUUUGUCUAGAGUUCUUUCAGGUUCGGUCUCUAGUCAAACUUCCCGGGCUUUUCGAUUCCGAAUUCUGGGACCAGGUUCUCCCACAGCUAUCUUGCACACAAGGUGCCGUAUUCCAUGCUGUCAUCGCACUAGCAUCUACGCAGCGCAGUCAAGAAUUUACCAGCUGUAUGCGAGAAUCUUCCGAUAAUCCGUUUAUUGACUAUGAUUCCGAGACAGAAAAGUGGGAUCGGUUUGCAUUGAAACAAUAUAACAAAGCCAUUAAGCAUCUACGAUCACACUUCCAAGAUAAUAGUCACCACUCUAUUCAGAUUGCUUUGACGACUUGCAUCCUUUUCAUAUGCAUUGAGUUCAUGAGAGGGUCAUAUUCUAUGGCGAACGUGCAUAUCGACCAUGGAAUCAAUGUCUUGAGGACUUUGCAGUGGAGACUCAAGUCCAAUGCAUCGGCCAAGAGGUUCAGUAGAACGAUCAUUCGCGCAUCAGAGCCCAAGACAGUGGAUGACCAUCUGAUGGAAAUACUAGCGCGAAUGGAUACGCAAUGUAUGUUAUUCGGAUAUCCCUCGCGGUACUUGCACGCAACAGACACAUAUUCUCCUCCAAAGUACAAACUUCCAAAUAUGUUUGUCUCGCCGGAGGAAUCACGACAAUAUUUGGAAGUUUUAAUUGGCAAAACCCUUCGCUUGGUUGACAAGUCCAAGACUGACAGUCUGUACUUCCCUGCUAAUGACAUUAAGUGCAAUCCUUUAGACACCAAGGAGGAGCUCCUGGGAGCUUUAGACUCGUGGAUGAAUAUACACGAAAGAACCGAAAGCAGCCUUUUAUCAAGCCUCAAAAUUCGGCCGUUUCUAGGAUUCACUGUACUUCGAAUCUACUCGAUUAUGAUCAAAAUCAUGCUCCUCACAUGCCCCAGUCCCAACGAGGUUCGAAGCGAAAUGGUAUUCGAUAAAUAUACAGGCCUUUUUAAAGAUCUCAUGAGAACAUCCAGCGACAUGGUCAUGAUGACAAGGUUUCCCGGAAAUUAUACACCGAGCACAGCGGGCUGUCGCAUCGGUCCUUUGAACUUUACUGCAGAUAUGGGUGCCGUUGCACCAUUGUACUAUACAGCGCUUAAAUGCCGUGUUCCCUACCUUCGAAGACAUGCAAUCCAGGUAUUGAGAAUUGCGCCUCACCGCGAAGCAGUGUGGGAUGGGGCUGCUGUUGCGGGUGCUGCUGAGAAAGUUGUUAGAUUGGAAGAAGGUGACUUUUAUCGUUUGAUUAACGAUGAAUCGACUCAAUCAUUCUCGUCGCUCCAGCAGGAACCGCUUCCCGAAUCACACCGUUUCCAGGACGUCCAGAUACUCAUGGAGGAUGGAUUAAAACCCCGCGGAAGGAUUAUGUGUAGACGACGACGAAGGAAGUACAUCACCUCGCUGGAUGAUUCGGAAUGGGAAACCAUUGAAGAAUGGUUCAAGUGUGAUGACCGAAUUGCCACAUAUACCUGGGGUAAUAUUCAGGAUCUGUAUAGGGAAUCAAAAUUGGAUUAUGUAUAUUAA